AUAUCGGAUUAUUAUUGUAGUAAUUUGGAAUUCACUGUCGCUUUUGAAAGAAAUGAAUAUCCUGUUGAAAAUGUUAUUGUUUUAAUAUUUAUUGAUAUUAUAUGAACGAGUUUUUAGUUUUGCGAAUAUUUUGUUAGGAUUAAACAUUGACUGUGGUUGAGGUUAUGUGGUAACUGAAGUUAUACGUUUGGUGGGGUAAUGGUGUUCUUUCUGUAUGAGGAACUACUGUACCAGAAAUUGUAACUUUAAAAUAAUUACAAUGUCCUAGCCUUAUGUACAUGCUUCUGAAGAAAAAUGGUUCAGAUCAGAUGGAAACUGACAACUAUCCCAAUUACUGUUCGGAAAACUGUAAGAUGGCAGUGGAGAAAAGUAAAACUGUCAAUGAAUUCUCUUUUCUACAAUCAUUUUUUGGACCAAGGUUAUGUGGCAGAUGUGUGUAUGGAACCAAUGUUUUGGUUUGUAGACAACUUCACCAAAUGUCUUGGCCCUUUCUUUGUUGCCUCUGUGUGUGGAUUGACAGCUUCAGUUAUAGUUAUUGCAUAUUGGAUUGGACUGCCCUACUGGUGGCACAAAAGUCCAUGGAUGACGGUAAUAUUGAUGAUCAUUGGUCACUGGCUUCUAGUGAACAUCUGUUUCCAUUACUACAUGGCUGCUAACACUCAUCCUGGGAGCCCACCAGAGGGUGCACUCAUUCUUGAAGCAGCCAGCAUAUGUAGAAAGUGCAUUGCACCAAAGCCCCCAAGAACACACCAUUGUUCUGUCUGCAACAAAUGCAUUCUCAAGAUGGACCACCACUGCCCUUGGCUAAAUAAUUGCAUUGGCCACUUUAAUCAUCGUUACUUCUUUAUGUAUAUGGCAUACAUGUGUUUGGGUGUGCUGUUCCUGAUCAUCUUCGGCUUCCAACUUGCUUACGAUGAAGUGUGGAUUGGCAUGGAGGAGAUUGAUGAAGAUGAUGAAUCAUUUAUUGAAGGCCAUCCAGUUCGUUUUAAUAAUUCUAUUCUUAUUCCUGUGACAGAAUUGAUGGCUAAUCUCAGCAGUAACAUGUCAUUACUUGAAACAACAGAGCCGCACAAGGGACGCUCAUUGCGACAGAGUUGUCUUAUAUAUAUGGCUUUCAUAAAUACAGGAGUGUUAAUUGCAUUAGGUGCCCUAACACUGUGGCAUGCAAGAUUAAUCAGUAGAGGAGAAACAAGCAUCGAAGCAAACAUUAAUAAAGCUGAAACAAAACGAUUGGCAGAAACAAAUAAGGUCUACACAAACCCUUUUGAUUUUGGAUGGAGAAAAAACUGGCGAUUAUUUCUUGGAAUGGUGAGAGGAAGAACAUGGAGGCAUGUUUUAUUGCCAUCGCCACACAAGCCAAUAGGGGAAGGCCUUACAUGGCACACAGUGCACUCAGAUACAGAGGACAACUCUGAGGAGGAGGAGGACAGUAAUAGAGGAGAGUACUUGAAGGACCCUUUUUAUACAUUCUGAGUUAUCCAUUCUGUAUUUGUUAUGAAGUGUAUGUCAGUUCUUAUUGGUAAAUACCAGGACUUGAUAGACAAGAUCAGUAUCCUACAGAUAAGUGAAUUUUACACUUGUACAUUAUCAAUAGUCAUACCUGGGAAUGACCUGAAUUUCUGCCUUUAAUGUAAUGGUAGAACAUGAGUCUUGGGUCUUUUGGAUUCUAGGUAACUCAAGGCAGUGUUGAAAGUUUAUAAACAGAAAUACUUGAUUUAUCACUUCGUCUAAAUUCACUGAAUAAUUUGUUAUUGUUUAUUAUGUAAUACUGAAAGUCUGGGAGGAUGUUUCUAAGUCUAAAUCAGUUAUUUGUAGGACAUGUGUUUAUAUCAUUGCCAGUCAUGUUGUGCACUGUUCGAUUACAAUAAUUAUCAGAAAAUUAUUAUAUGAUAAUUAUACUGAACUGUUCUUGGUUAAUAAAACUAAUAUUGCCAGUAA